AUGCGCCGCAGCCAUGUCUUCUCCGUCUCGACCAGCCUGCUCGUCGCAGCCAACCUGCUUAUACCAGUUGCCAUCUUGAUCUUUGCGACGGGCUUCUUCCCUUACAAACCCUUUCUGCCAGGCCUAGCCGAAUACGAAGACUUGGAGUAUGGGUCACCGCCAGCUGCGCCGUUCGACCGGCUAGUGUUCAUGGUCGUCGACGCGUUGCGGAGCGACUUCGUAUACUUGGAGGGUUCCGGGUUUGAGUUUACGCAGAGUCUGAUUGCCAAUGGGGUCGCUAUUCCUUUCACUGCCCAUGCGACGUCCCCGACGAUUACCAUGCCGCGAAUCAAAGCCAUGACGACGGGUUCGACACCCUCCUUCCUCGACGCUAUACUGAGCUUCGACGAGGCCGAUACGUCCUCGACUCUAGCUGUCCAGGACACAUGGCUUGCUCAGAUGAAGGCGAAGGACACGGGGAAACUCAUCAUGUACGGCGACGACACGUGGUUGAAGCUGUUCCCAGGCACUUUCGACCGAGCAGAAGGUACCACCAGCUUCUUCGUGUCGGAUUUCACAGAGGUCGACAACAAUGUUACCAGGCAUAUUGCCGACGAGCUGCGCAACGAUGAUUGGAACACCAUGGUUCUGCACUACCUCGGACUGGACCAUAUUGGCCACAAGACAGGCCCGCGAGGACCCAACAUGAUCCCGAAGCAGCGGGAGAUGGACGGCAUAGUCCGGCAGAUAUACGAAGCUAUGGAGACGCAACCUCACUUGCAAUCGACGUUGCUGGUCUUCUGUGGAGACCACGGCAUGAACGAUGCUGGAAACCAUGGGGCAUCUUCCCCCGGAGAGACGUCGGCAGCUCUGGUUUUCGUUUCGCCAAAGUUGAAGACUGUUUCCCAGGGUAUCAAGACCCCGGCAGAUUAUGUCGAAGACUUUCAGUAUUAUAGCGUUGUUGAACAAUCUGAUCUUGCCCCAACUCUUGCUGCUUUGCUAGGAUUCCCCAUACCCAAGAACAGUCUUGGUUCUUUCAUCGUGGAGUUUCUCCCCUUUUGGCCAGACGUGCAUGACAAGCUCCAGAUCCUCAUGCGUAACGCGAGACAGAUUCUCUCUAUCGUCACGGCGACCUUGACUAGCUCGCCAGGGGGACGUGAUCCAAACUGCAACCAGCCUGGCUCAGCAUCGGAACAGCUGGUAUGCGAAUGGCGAGGCAUCAGCAAUUCUGCCGCAAGUGCCGCAACAGAAAUCAAGGCAGAUGAUUGGGUUACGGAUAUGUCACGGUGGUUGUCGACGGCGCAGACCAUGAUGAGCAGCAUGGCCAGCAAUUACGACAUGGAUAGGCUUCUUGCUGGUGGGGUUGCAGCGGGUGUUGCUACGAUUGCGGCGAUGGCAGCAACGGCAAUGUCUCUUCAAGGAAGUAUCGUCAGUCUGGGACCAUUUGCGUUGAUCACCAUUCUGUAUGGUGUGAUGAUGUUUGCCAGCAGUUACGUUGAGGAGGAACAGCACUUCUGGUACUGGGCCACAUCAGCCUGGCUAUUCUACCUGGCCCUCCGAAGAGUGCCGAAAACGACCUUCAGAUCCCUUCUCAUGGCUGCCGCUGGACUGGGCAUGAUGAGACUGGUUCGUGGCUGGAACCAGACCGGGCAAAAGUUUGCCGGCGAGCCCGACAUUGUGACCAUAUUCCUCACAACCAACCCUUCGCUCCUCUGGACUCUAGUGUUGGCAACCUAUGCAAUGGUGUCUUGGGAACUAUUCAAUGGCCUAGAGGGUGUACCCAGUGUCGUUUCAGGCUCUGUGGUUGUGGGAGUCGUCACAUCUGCACUAUCCUUCAAGCUCGCUUUUACCAACGAGGAUGCACCCGAACUGGUUGUCGGGUUUGCAAGGACUGUCACGAGCAUGCUCAACGGGCCGUCUCUUUUGACUCGAGCCCGCGCCGUUUUCACAGGGAUCGGGCUUAUGUCACUGUACCCGAUAUAUCUACUCGCGGUACAGCCAAGCAAAUCCUCUAAAGCGCAGGUUCUGCGAACAUUGCACCAUCUCUACACACUCUUAGCGCUGACGCAGUCCCGGACGACCAACGCGCCGCUCUUCCUGCUCUUCCAGGGCAUCUACCUGUUCCUGGGCAAGCUCGGUCUGGACCCUGUGGAGACGACGACUUCGUCGCUGCUUCUGCAGUUCACGUCCUUCUUCGCCAUGGGCGGUUCCAACGCGAUUUCCGGUGUCGAUCUCUCAAGCGCGUACAACGGCGUUGGCGAGUUCAACAUUGUCGCCGUGGGCGCGCUGACCUUCGUCAGCAACUGGGCGGCGCCGGUAUGGUGGACGUCGGCAUCGAACUUGCUCCUGUUGCAGCAUGGGCAAUCUGCGCGAACCCGAAGUGGCGGCGGUGGUGUGUUCAAGCAACAUGUGGCCUUGCUGACGGUGUUUGUGUCGAUCAGUCUUGGCUUUGUGAUGGCUGCCUGCACCGUUCUGCGGACACAUCUGUUUAUCUGGACGGUGUUUUCGCCCAAAUAUCUCUACAGCAUGGCCUGGAGUUUGGGCCAGCAUCUUGUUGUCAAUAUCGGAGUUGGGGGUUUGUUGUACUGGCUUGGCUGCGGCUGA